AUGUCCCAAUGCUCUUCAACAUUUAGAAGGAAGGAAACGAUAUAUGACGAAACAGCAUAUUCUAAUGGAUGUUCGAUUGGACAUUUAUGGAGUGCAUUCACGUUUAGUUCAGUACAGCCAAUGAUUAAGAAGGUUUUUUCUAAAGGAUUUUUAGAAUUGAAUGAAUUGACCAAGAUGCAGCCAUCAUGGGGAUUUAGAUCAAGCUCGAAACCCUUUGAAAAGUUUAUUGAAACAUUUGAGAAUUCAGCUGAAAUUUCCACAUGGAAAUGUGCUUGGUUUUUUGUCAAGUUGUACUUUUUACAGAUUGCUUGGGCAUUUGUAUUGAAAUUGAUAUUGAUUGGUUCAGAAGUUGCAAGAUUAUUCAUUUUGAACAUUAUUUUGAUAUAUUGUGAAAGUACACUUUCCAAUAAUGACUUGAAUAUUGAAUCAGUUUCAUAUAUUGUUGGUUUUUGUAUAAUCCUAUUUAUUUGUAAGGUUGUGAAAACAUUCUGUGCAGAUCACGGCCUAUUCAUUGCUCAAGAAAUUGGAGAGUUUACAAAGAGUUCCCUUUCUAAUGCAAUUUACAACAAGACACUUAAACUAAACUCUAGCUCCAAGCAAGAAUACUCAACUGGAACGGUUAUGAAUAUUGCAACGACUGACACUGAAAAGUUCGAAUGGUUUUACUAUCAUGUUGAAAUUAUCAUUGGAGCUUUUGUUUACAUUUCAGUUUCCAUUUCCUUCUCAAUAUUUCUUCUAGGAAUUUCAGCACUUGUUGGAUUCUCUGCCAUUUUACUUGUGAUUAUUCCAAUUUCUAUUGUUUGUAUGAUUUGGGAGCAGAGAAUGGAAAAGAUUAUAGAGUCGAACCAGGACGAAAGAAGUGAAAUUAUUUCACAAUUAGUUUCUGCUAUGAGAUUUGUCAAAUAUUAUACAAUGGAGAAACUAUUUAAAGACAAGAUUAUGAAUAUUAGAGAAACUGAGAUGAGAAAUAUUAAGAAGGGGUUCAUUUCAGACGCAGGAAUGGAAUGCUUGUGGAAUACUUUUGCUCCUUUCAUUUCAUUUGUCAGUUUCGUCCAUUUUUGUUAUUUCAGCAAUCAAUCUUUGAGUGUUAGUCUUGCAUUCUCCUUCCUUAAUGCUUUGGAAUUGGUAAGAUAUGAAACAAUUCAACUUCCUUCAUCUGCAUUACAAGUUUCAAGAGCAGUAACUGGAUUUAACAGAAUUGUCAAGUUUCUGAGAGCUGAAGAAGUUUCACACCAAAUUGCCCAAGUGGAAAAUGAUGAAAUAAUUACAGAAAUGAAAGAUGCUUCAUUUACUUGGGAUCCUGUUGAUUCUACUGAACCUGUUUCUUGUUUGAAAGGAAUGAAUUUGUCAAUUAGAAAGAGUGAGUUUAUUUGUGUUAUUGGAAAGGUCGGUUCUGGAAAGUCAUCUUUCUUAUCUUCAUUAUUGGGAGAAACUAGACUAAUAGAUGAUGGCUGUUCCACUUUCCAAAAACAAUCUAAACUCAAAUAUGCCUACUGUUCACAAGAUUCUUGGAUUAGAAACCAAACUAUUCGUGAAAAUAUAACUUUUGGUGAAGAAUUUAAUUCGGAAAGAUAUUCCAAAGUAUUACACGCAUGCAAUUUAGAAACUGAUCUUUAUCAAAUCUCAAAAGAAAUUUUAGAUUUGAGUAUGAUUGGUGAAAAUGGUGUCAACUUGUCAGGAGGUCAACAAUUGAGAGUUUCCUUAGCAAGAUGUCUCUAUUCGAACGCAGAUGUUUAUCUAUUGGAUGAUCCUCUCUCAGCAGUUGAUGUUCACACUGCAGAUCAUAUUAUGAAAUUUGGAAUACUUCCACUUUUGGAAGCUGGUAAAACAACAAUUAUGGUCACGAAUCAAAUUCACUUUAUUGACAAAGCAGAGAGAAUUCUUGUAUUUGAAGAUGGAAAAAUCAUUCAGAAUGGAACUUAUCAUGAACUUUAUCAAGAUUCCAAUAAUGUAUUUAGAAAUUUGAUUGAUGAGUUUAGUAAAAAGAAGGAAGAAGUCGAAGAAGAUUUAUUCGAAACUGAACAAGAAGAAAUCAAGCCAACUCUUCAACUACUUCCAAAUGAUGACGAAUCAUUGGAGAAAUUCACAUCCAUAGAAGAAGAACAACGAGUGAAGGGAACAGUUUGGGAAAAUUACAAAACUCUUCUCAAGUUUGCUGUUGGUUAUAACAAGCCAAUAUUUGUAGUUAUUUGCAUUCUUGGAAUUAUAUUCAAAAUUCUUGAUGUUGUUCAUCAAUAUGUCCUUACCAAAUGGUCAACUGAUGAGAAAUAUGAAAAUUUCACUUUAAUUUUCUAUUUAAUGACUUAUUUAGGAAGUGCUAUUCUUUAUGUAUGCGUAGAUGUGAUGGGUAAUUUCCUUGCUCUAUCCCAUUAUUUGAAUACUGCAAAGAAACUUCAUGAAAAACUCAUGAACAGUAUUGUUAAUUCUUGUAUUACCUUUUUUGAUAAUACACCAGUGGGUAGAAUUAUUGCAAGAUUUACCAGAGAUACUAAUCAAAUUGAUAGUGAGUUGAAUUCAUUGUUGAGAGAGUUUGUUCCAGUUCUCAUGUUUUGGAUUUUUGGCCUAGUUACCAUUUUAAUACUUUCUCCAUUUUCCAUAUUUAUUUUAGUUAUUUUAUUCCCAAUAAUCUUGUAUUAUCAAAGUUACUUUAGAGUUACAUUGAGAGAAUUGUCAACAUUGUCUGGAAUUUAUUCAUCUCCACUCAGUUCUCAAAUAUCCGAAACUCUUAAUGGCCUUCAAACCAUUCGUGCAUUUGGAAAGGAAGAAUUAAUGAAAGAUUUAUUCGAAUUUAAGGCAGAUAACCACGUACACGUGAGAUAUAAUAUUCAGUGCAUGUACAAAUACUUUGAUAUUCGAAAUGAAAUAUUGGGUGGUCUUGCCGUUUCGGUUAUUAUCAUGUCAAGUGUUUUAGCAUCUGGAGGUCCACUUGUUGGAAUGAUUAUUCUACAAGCUACUUCAAACUUUGAUGUUUUAUAUUACUUGUCUUAUUUAUUGGUAUUGAUAGAAAAUGGUUUAGUUUCCAUUCAAAGAAUUGACCAAUAUUCAAAUUUGGAAAGUGAAAAAUAUGAACCUGAGGGAGUAGGUGAAAAAGUUGAAAGCUUUGCGAGUGAGGGAAACAUUAAUUUCAACAAUGUAUUAAUGAGGUACAAGAGUUUAGAGUCGAAUAAUCAAGUGACUAACAAAUUAGUUCUUAAAGGAAUUAAUUUAACUAUUAAGGAAAAGGAAAGAAUUGCUGUUUGUGGAAGGACAGGUUGUGGAAAAUCAAGUUUAAUCCAAUCUCUAUUCAGAAUGCAAGAAAUUGAAUCAGAAUCUUCCAUUUUGGUAGAUGGAAUUGAUAUUAGAAAUGUUCCUUUAGAAACUUUGAGAAGUGCCUUGUGUAUCAUUCCUCAACAGCCAACACUCUUUAAAGGAACAUUAAGAGAUAAUCUUGAUGGAUAUUCACAAUUUACAGAUCGGGAGCUUUGGAAUGCAUUGGAAAAGGUUGGAAUGAAAGAUAAAUUAUUCCAACUUUCGAAUGAAGAAAGUGAUGAGAUUCAACCUCGAGCAACAGGAUUAGGAAUGGAAAUAUCAGAAAAUGGAGAAAACAUCUCAGCAGGUACAAGACAAUUACUCUGUCUUGCCAGAGCACUUAUUCGAAACUGUAAAAUUCUCGUAUUGGACGAAGCCACAGCUCUCUGCGAUUUGGAAACUGACAAACUAAUCCAACAAGUCUUGAGAAAUGAAUUCUCCCAGAAAUGUACUGUCAUUUGUGUUGCCCACCGAUUGGAAACUAUUUUGGAUUAUGAUAAAGUUGUGGUCAUUGAUGAUGGAAUUGUGAAAGAAUUUGCAAGUCCAACACAAUUAUUAAACGAUCACUCAUCCAUGUUCUAUGCAAUGGUUCAAAAACACAACAAGAUUCAACUUGGAUCCUUUCAAUAAACCAAUUUUAUAUAUUUUUAUUCU